AUGGAAACAGAGAACCAGACAGUUAUUUCAAAAUUCAUCCUUCUGGGGCUCUCGGAUGAUGUGGACCUUCAGCCCCUCCUCAUUGGACUGUUCCUGUCCAUGUACCUGGUCUGUGUUACAGGGAACCUGCUCAUCAUCCUGGCCAUCAUCUCUGAGUCCAACCUCCACACUCCCAUGUACUUCUUCCUCUCCAACCUGUCCUUCACUGACAUCUGUUUCACCUCCACCAUAGUCCCCAAGAUGUUAGUGAAUAUCCAGAAGCAGAACAAAGGCAUCACGUAUGAAGGAUGCCUUACCCAGAUGUAUUUUUUCAUGGUCUUUGCUGGGCUAGAUAAUUUGCUACUGACAGUGAUGGCCUAUGACCGGUUCGUGGCCAUCUGUCACCCCCUGCACUACACAGUCAUCAUGAACCCUCACCUUUGUGGUCUCCUGCUUCUGCUUUCUUGGCUGAUCUGCCUGACAUAUUCUUUGUUGCAAAGUUUGAUGGUUUUGAGGGUAUCUUUCUGCAAAGAGACAAAUAUCCCCCACUUCUUCUGUGAACUUACUCAAAUUCUCAAGCUUGCCUGCUCUGACACCCUUGUCAAUGACAUUGUGCUGUAUUUUGUAACUGGCUUGCUGGGUAUUAUUCCCCUGAUUGGGAUCCUUUUAUCUUAUUCUAGAAUUAUCUUCUCCAUAAUGGGCAUUUCAUCUUCUGGGGGAAAGUAUAAAGCCUUUUCCACCUGUGGGUCUCACCUCUCAGUUGUCUCCUUGUUCUAUGGCGCAGGCCUUGGGGUCUACCUCACUUCAGGAACAGCCCAUCCCUCCAGAAAGGGUUCAAUAGCCUCGGUGAUAUACACAGUAGUCACCCCCAUGCUGAACCCCUUCAUCUACAGUCUGAGGAACAGGGACAUGAAGGGGGCUCUAAGGAGAGUUUUCACUAGAGGAACAUACUCAGUGAGAUAA